AAAACUUUACCAGUUUGGAAAAGUGGCGACUCCAGCAGCAGCAGCAGCAGCCUGGAGGAGCCAGGAGGAGUUCACCACUUUUCUUUUUCACACUCGACUAUCUGUCUGUCUGCAGAGGUGAGUCAAGAUAAUUGCCUUCCCUCAGGCGCUGUUUUUUCUUUUUCUUUCUCUUUGUUAAAUCCAGCUUUUUCGUGCCGUCUGCUACACCUGCCUGCCUGCCAAGCUGCUGCAGCGCAGAUUGAUGGGCGCGGCUCGGACCAGUGCCCCAAAUCUCUGUUUUGACUUGCCUGGGAAAGUUGAGCGAAAAGGGAGACAAAAGGAGCGAGGACUUUAAGAACAUCCCACCACGGUGCGUCAGCUCCACAUAAACACUUUAUCUCUCCAGUGGACGGGAUCAGUCGGACCAUCUUGGAGAAGGAAUCAGGACUUGAUUGUUUGUUUGCUGCUCAGAGCUGGCUGAAGAUAUUAUGGGAUGGACGAGUUAACGAGACAGAUGGACAUCUCAGGAGGCAUGUCAGGAGAAAAGGUUAUAACAGAAACUAUAACCACCACGACCAGACUGACUUCUCUACCCCCAAAGGGAACCAGCGGAUCAAAUCACAGGAAUAUGUCCAGCGGUGCUGGAGGGCUGGGCUUGGAGAAGAAUGUCUUAACCCAGAACAGCAGUGGAACUUAUUUCUCCUCAUCCUCUGUAGGUGUGAACUCCAACAGCUACAGCUCCUCCUCAGGGGUUUACCUCGGAGGAGACUCCUCAGGAGGAGGUGAUGGAGGGGGGAUCUUCAUAGACGGAGACGGGUUCGGAACUGCAGGAGGAGGAGGAGGAGGUGGAGGUGGAGGAGUAGGAGGGGGAGGAGGAGGAGGCAGAAGCGGUGGCGGCGGCGGCGGCGGCGGAAGUUAUGUUGUGAGCUCGGUGUCAAAGGUCAGGUCCAGCUCGUCGGGUGCUGCCAGGAGAACGCAGACUGCUGGCUCAUCAGGAGGCCUGUCGCCAGGUUUCCGUGAGAGGAAGACCAUCACCACCAGCCGCUCAGGAGGUUAUGACGGAAGUUCCAGUGCUAAUUCCUCUCCAGAGUUUACACGCAAAGAUUAUGGGAUCUAUUACUCCGGCACCACAAGAGGGAGGAGCGAAAGCAGAGAGAGUGAGAUCAGAGCCAGAUUACAAAGUGCCUCUCCCACCGCCGGCAGAUGGACGGAGCUGGAUGACGUGAAGAAGCUGCUGAAGGGACGCUCCUCCAGCGUCAGCCCCACUCGCACCUCCAGCACCUCCACCACCCUGCCUGUCCCGAAAAAGGCCAGCGUGGAAACCAAGACCGUCUCUGUGGCCUCUCAGUCCGGUUCAACUUCAUUUGGCUCUGGUGGUGUGAGAUCAGGCGCGUUCCACACCAUUGAUACAUCUGGCCUGUAUGAUACUGGUCUGACAUCUCGGUCGUAUGAUAGUGGUGUAAAAUCAGGCCAGUAUGAUAUCACUAUGAAAUCAGGCCAAUAUGAUACUGGUGUGAGAUCCGGCCAGUAUGAUGUUGGUGUGAGAUCAGGACAGUUUGAUUCUGGUGUGAGAUCGGGCCAGUUUGAUUCUGGUGUGAGAUCGGGCCAGUAUGACGUUGGUCUGAAAUCAGGACAGUUUGAUACUGGUGUGAGAUCCGGCCAAUAUGAUGUCACUGUGAAAUCAGGCCAAUAUGAUACUGGUGUGAAGUCAGGACAAUACGACAUGAGUUUGAAAUCAGGGCAGUAUGACACCGGUGUGAGAUCAGCCCAGUAUGAUACUGUGAGAUCAGCCCAGUAUGAUACUGGUGUGAGAACAGGCCAGUAUGACACGCUGGAUGCUACACUUCCUACUUUCUCUUGGUCCACCUCGACGCUGCCCUCCGCCGCCACCACGGUGGUUGGUGGCAACACCAGCAGCUACGCGUACCAGACCGGCACCAACAACAUGUCAGGAGGAGUGUCGCCCAACGGCCUCACCUCACCCUCGUCCCUGUCAGUUUACGGCUUUCAGAAUAAUCUGGCUCCCACUUCUGCCAGUGUGCUCACCACCAGUGGAGGCAACGUAAAUGCUAACCUUGGAGGUUAUGGCGUUCAGAAGAAUCUGUCAAGUGGUGGUGGUGGUAGUGGAGGUGGUGGAGGUGGUAGUAGUGGUGGUGGUGGAGGAGGGGGUCUUACUGUUGGUUUCGUCUCCACCGUCUCUGCAAGCCCUAGAUCCCAAAUUGAUGAUUCAUAUAAGAAAGACUAUAAGUACCUGAUCUCUGAUAAGGAGAACGCUCCUGCCAAGAGGGACACAGACACGCUCAUUCUGGCUAAAGACAGCGGGAAGCAGUUCACCAGCAGCAGCGUUCAGAUGGGAGGAGGGUCGCUAUCAGGAGAUUCAAUAAAGAAAGAGAAGCUUAUUUCAAGCUACAGUGAGACGGCGCCGCUGAAGUCAGAGGGGGGCAACUCUUACUAUGGAACAUCUGGAGUUGUGAUGAAAGACAAAGCCACCUAUGCAGAGCUUCACAGGGACAGCGGCAUCUUCGGAGGUGGAGGACUGUGCUGCUGCUCCGACGCGUGUUGCUCCUGGUGGAAAUGGCUGCUGGGUCUUCUCCUGCUCUCCCUACUCCUGCUGGGACUCCUGUUUGGGCUCAUUGCACUGGCUGAGGACGUGAGAAAGCUGAAGAACCGAGUGGCUACGCUGGAGGCCGAGUCCUCGGUGACCAAUGCUCAUACCAGCCGGCUGUCAGGUACUUCCAAUGUCAUCAACGCCUAUGGAGCUGCUGGAGGAACUGGAGGAACUGGAGGCGCUGUAGCUGCUGGAGCUGCUGGAGGCGCUGGAGCUGGAACUGCUGUAGCUGCUGGAACUGCUGGAGGCGCUGGAGGAGGAGGUACCUCCCACACCGACAACACGCUACUCCUGGGCACUGGAGCUGCAGGUGGAGGUGGAGGAGGAGGCUCGAGCACCAGUACACGAAUCGGGAUUGCUGGUGCUGGUGUUGGUGCUGGUGCUGGUGCUGGCGGUUCCACCGGUGGAAAUAAUGUUGACGUCGGCAUUGGAGGUGGUUCCGCUGGCGCAGGUGGGACUGGUGGGGCCACCUGGGCCAGUGCUGGAGGUGCCGGUACCGGGUCCAGUGGCAGCGCCGGCAGAGGCGGCAGUACAGAAACCGGUUUCAGUGGCAGUUCUGGAAGUUCUGGCGGUGCGGGUACCAGGGUCAGUGGCAGUGCCAGCGGUGGCAGCAGUGGCAGCAGUACAAGUACCGGUUUCAGUGGCAGUUCUGGAAGUGCUGGUGGUGCUGGUGGCCUUGGAGUGAAUGGAAGAUACAUAGACGAUGUUGCUCUUCAAAUGACGAUCCAGCAGAUGUUAAGAAGUGAAAUGCAUUCACAGUCCUAUAGAGCUUUCAUAGCAACGUCAGUGCAGGGAGAGAGAGGACUGCCUGGACCUAAAGGAGAUUCUGGUUUCCCUGGAAUUCCAGGUGCUCCGGGUUCGAUGGGACAUGUAGGCCCUGAGGGUCCAAAAGGACAAAAAGGAAUCCAAGGUGAUCAUGGAGUGGAUGGGGCACCAGGGGUCAGGGGUCGCGAGGGCCAAGCUGGCCCCAGAGGUGAGGCAGGACCUUCAGGCUUUGGAAUGAAAGGCGACAAAGGUUCUUCUGGGGAUCAUGGGUCUGUGGGCCCUAAAGGUGCACCUGGACUUCCUGGACUCUCUGGAGCACCAGGUGCUGGGGGUUUCCGUGGCGAGUCAGGGCAACCUGGGCCUAAAGGGGACAGAGGACUUGCUGGAUUCCAAGGACUUAAAGGUGAAGCUGGUGACACGGGUCUCAGAGGCGUUAAAGGUGAUCCUGGUUUACAAGGUCUUCAAGGUCCAGCUGGAGAGAGAGGAAUCAAAGGGUCAAUGGGGUUGUCUGGAGCCGAUGGAUUGAAAGGACCUAGAGGUGACCAAGGACAAGCCGGACCCCCUGGACUCAGAGGUCCUGCUGGGCCUCAUGGAGAUGCCGCACUUCCAGGAGCACCUGGGCUUCAAGGACCACCAGGGAUACCAGGGAAUCCAGGACAAUCUGGCGCUAAAGGUGAACCAGGUCCACAAGGAAGAAUUAUCAAUGCAGCUGGCUCCACGUCUAUCGGCAUCCCAGGACCACCUGGGCCUUCUGGUCCCCCCGGCCCUGCAGGACUUCCAGGAUUAUCAGGUCCCAUUGGUCCUGCUGGUCUGACUGGCCAACCUGGUGCUAAAGGAGACAGGGGAUAUAGGGGAGAGCAGGGAGAGCAAGCGAUAGCAGCGAGAACAUCUGAGAGCCUAUCCUCGACCUCCAGGCAGUACAGUGUCAGUGGAAGUUCAGGAGGUUCAGGAGGACAACCUGGCCCACCCGGCCCACCGGGUCAACCUGGACGUCCAGGAGACUCAAGACAAGGACCUCCGGGACCACCUGGGCCUCCAGGUCAGACAGGUUAUGGAAGACCAGGACCUAAAGGAGACAGAGGAGACGCAGGCUUUGCAUCCAGCUCUGGAACGUAUUAUACCGGACCACCAGGACCACCAGGACUAACUGGGCCUUCUGGGCCUAAAGGAUCAGCAGGUACUCCUGGACCGAGAGGAUACCAAGGUGAACCAGGCCAGGCAGGUGUGCCGGGCACCCCAGGAAGCUCUGAGAGAGUGUCGACUUAUAGUGGAGGACAGGGGAUCCCUGGACCACCAGGUCCACCGGGACGUCCUGGACAUCCUGGACUACAGGGAAUUAAAGGGGACACUGGAUCUCCUGGUAUUGCUGGCUCUUCAAGAGGCUCCAUCUCAGUCACGUCAGGUCCUCCUGGUCCUGCAGGUCCUGCUGGCCCUCCAGGCCAGCCGGGCUCUUUCUCUUCUUCCACUGAGAUGCGGCAGUACAUCAGUGAAUAUCUAACUAGAAGCAUACAGUCCAGUAACCAAGGACCUCCAGGUCCACCCGGGCCUCCAGGAAUCCCUGGAUCCUUCUCCGGCUCUAUGGAGGACAUCUCCGCUCGUAUCAUCGCAUACUUGCAACGUUCGGGCUCAGGCCUCAGCAUCGGUGUUCAAGGUCCUCCAGGACCACCUGGUCCACCUGGACAUGGCUCUGGAUCCCUGACAGUCAGCGGUCUCAUCAUCAUGCUCCAGAGAGACGAUGUGAGGAGAUAUUUGACAGGACCACAAGGGCCACAAGGACCACCGGGACAACCAGGGGCAUCAGGAGGACUUUCAGGCAGUUACAGUGUAGAGGAGAUCGCCACAUAUGUCUUCAAAAUCAUGAAUGACAGAGGGAUUGCUAGAGGUCCACCCGGGCCAGCCGGUCCUGCUGGGCCUUCUGGUUCAGGGGGCUCUGGCUUCACUACCGCCACGAUUGACUACACUGCACUGAUAAGAAAUUCAGACUUCCGCAAUUGGAUUAACUCUGCCGUACAAGACAGUCCUCGUGGUUCUCCGGGUAUCCCAGGGCAACCUGGCCCUCCUGGUCUUCCAGGGCAAACUGGCCCUCAGGGGCCGGCAGGAGUCUCCACCGCCGUGUACGGGUCGGGAGGUCGUGGCUACAGUAUGGAGGACAUCCAGCGUUACCUGCAGAGUUCUGGUUUCAGAGGUGCUCAAGGCCCUCCUGGUCCUCAAGGUCCACAGGGACCACAGGGUCCACCAGGCAGUUACAGUGGCUCAGUUUCCUACAAUGGAAACUUCCCCCGGGAGAGCAUCCGCACUGAAAUUCAGGAGUAUCUGACCAAUGACGGUGUUCGUCGUACCUUCAUCGGACCUCCAGGGCCGACGGGUCAGAAGGGAGAUCGCGGAGAACCGGGUUACGUCCAGAGCUACACGCACAGCCAGAGCUACACUCAGGGUGACUCUCGAUCCGGCUCCGAGCGCAGAGAUGUCGAUGCCAGCAAGGUCUCUGAGACAAUGGACUACUCCACCGUCGCCUUGAGAGUUUCAGACUACAUCAAGAGUCAAGGCCUGCUGCAGGACUACCUGGUUGAUGGUCCUUGGAGGGCGCACGUAAGAGCGAUUCAAGGCCCCCCUGGUCCACCCGGCCCUGUCGGACCAUCUGGUCAGAGCCGCGUCAUCGGGGCCUACGGCAACGUCACAGCUGACCUCAUGGAGUUCUUCAGAGCCUACGGCACCAUCGCCGGCCCUCCAGGAGGCCCUGGAUCAAGGGGUGACAGAGGGUACCCAGGACCCAGAGGAGAGAAGGGUGAUCUUGGGCGCCCAGGUUUACCAGGACUACCGGGGUCAUACACUGUCCAAAUUCCACACAGAGUGCAGAAGAGGGAUGCAGGCAAUAAAGUGGUUGGCCAUCGUCAGCAGCACCGCCGUCGCCACGCCAGCGGUGUCUAAAUAUACUACUGGAUCAUGUCACAUUUCAUUUUUACUUCAUUUUUUUUUUUUUAGGUGUUCAACUGUAGCGAUGCAAGUAGUCGAAAUGCUCCUUAUUGUUGCCAUCUGUAGGGAAGUCACAGGACAAUUUGAGAAAUGUCCAAAAAAUGCAAUAAGUCUCUUUAAAACAGCUUCAGUAGAGUUAUGGAUUUAGCUGCUGGUCUUUGUCGCACGGACUUUUUUUGGGUGUAUAAUGUUUACUUCGUUAAGUUAGUCGCUUGCAUUCAAACUUUUUUUUUUUUUUUUCCAGGGGCAGCUUUGUUUAAGAGAAUAUCUAUUUUUAAGCAAUAAGUAGCUUUCAUUGCACUUUGCAUCUUUUUCCACUGCUAGUGUAACUUGAGAUUCUGGUGUACUUUUUUUUGUAUUUGUUGUCUUUUGAGGAUUAUAUUGUAUUGAGGACUAUACAAGGGCUAAAUGUUGUGUCAAUGUUUCAUAAAAUAUGCAAUAUUUUCAGAUUAUCCACAUAAUUCAAGCCAACCUCUUGCCUUUAAGGCCCCUGGAUAUUAUCCUUUACACCCCAUACAAAUUAUAUAACAAUUUACAUUUUUUAAAUAUAUAAAGAAAUCAUCAUUACCAGUCAGAGUGAGGGUCAUUUGUGCUGUAGGGAGGGGACUUUGGUGACAGUAAAUGUUGGUGUAGUAAGGACUGAUGAUUUACUUGAAAGGUUUGUUGGUAAAAAAAAAUCUAUAAUUAAAUAAAUUACAUUGUUUGCAUGGUUGAAAGACAGAUAAUCGCUAAGGAAUGACUGAUUGGUUGUAUAUUUUUUUGUAUAAGAGCGCACUGAAUGGAUAUAUUUUCUUUAUACCUUAAAGUGUUAAAAAGAUUAAAUUAUAAAAAAUGUUCCCAGGUUAUGUUUUACAUGAUUUGACAUUUGAUCAAUAUAUUUGAAAGACACACAAAUAAAUCUAUUUUUGGACUUGG